AUGGCGUCAGAUGAAGCAGAAGGCGAAAAUAUAAGAACACUCAACUACGACGAGUUAGAUGUGUAUAGUAAACUAGAAGUUAAACUUAAAGCACGAAAUAAAAUUACAUAUCGCAAAGAAAUUACCCUGCCCUGUGCACAUGUUGAAGACACUGACCUUUCAGAUGUUUUGGAAGAUAGUAAAAUUCCUUCAGUUAGACCCAAUAAACGUUUGGAGGAUAAUGCACGAGUAAUUGGUUCAUUAAUGGAUGAUGUUCGCAAACUGAAACGUACUUCAGAAAUGGAAAUGGAUUUUGUUAUCGAUCAAGGAAAAAAUGGCAAUGAUGAGAUCAGUCAAACACUUGGACGACUUCGAGAGCAGUCAGAAAAACUUUUUAAGAACAUUAUACAUACUCAAGUUGCUUUUAAUGAAUGUUUAAGUUUGACGGACAGUUUACAAAACAAAGAGCAUAUAAAAAACCACUUAAAGUUAAUUGAAAAAACUUGUAAAUUUGAUAGAGGAGUAGAAUCAGUCAUUGGUUGUAACAAUGAUGUGUUAGAAAAACAUAUUGACAAAGACUUGAAAAUUGAUAAUGUCGACGAAUUUAAAAAUGUAUACAGUGAAUUGGCCCAGGGGAUAUUAACUAAAAUUUAUGACGCUGGUGUGAAAACAUAUAAACACCAUGAACAUUUAUUAGGAAUUGAAGAAUUCAAUAAACCUACUGAAGGAUUAAUUGCAGAAGAGUUGAUAGUAGGGAAGUUGGAUCCAUAUACAAGACAACCAAUUACCAAACCAGUACGCAACAAAGUUUGCAAACAUAUAUACGAUUUAGAAUCAGUUAAUCAAAUGUUCCAGAGUAAAAUGUUUGUAUCUUGUCCGUAUAUUGGAUGUACAAACAACCGUUUUACAAAAACUGAUCUGAAUCUUUCAGGGAUUAAUUAA